AUGAAGUUCAAACUAGAGACGAUGACCCGUUUUCCAGCCCUGCAAACAUGCCGCCAACUAAUAUGCCAAUUCACUCAACCGACAGCCACAAGUCAUCCAACCAAACAGCACGGUGAGAGUUACAAUUGCUAAGAGAAGAAACAAACCCAGAUUGGCCAGAUGAAACACCGGUACCACUUUCUUCAGAAAUUAGCUGCGCCAUACGCCUCUCAUAUGAUUGUGACGAUGAAUGGGCGAGUAAAUGUGACGAAUGGCUAAAUAACUCUAUCAAGCAGAAAGCAGAUGCUAUCCCUCCCAAAUGCAGCGAGUGUCCCAUAUUACAAGAUGAAAAUGCGAGGUUGAAAGGGACUAUUGCACGUUUAAGAAAAACAAAAGUUUGCAGGUACAACUUCUCACUAUAGUAUUGUCUAUUCGGUACAAUAUAGUGUCAUUUAUAUACGAGCGAAAAUAAGCUGUGGCCAAAAUAAGCCGCGGCUCUUAUAAGCAGUCAAUUUGCAAUAUGAAAUUUAGGCCUAGCUUUCAACCCAAUUGCUUAUUUCAGUAGCCGUUGUUUGCGAACAAAUCAGUGACUGUUUAUACGAGUCGUUCGCGACUUAUUUAAGCCGAGGCUUAUUUUCGCUCCUAUAAAUGGCCCUAAUGAACACUAUGUUAAAGAACCAAGUUAUAUAAUAAUUUAUAUAAUUAUAGAUAUAGUUAUAUAAUGAUAUAAAUAUAAUUAUAUCACUAUAUCUAUAUAAGCAUGGUUAAUAGACCUAUAUAAGUCAUAUAAUUGUAUAGAUAGUAUAGAUAAUUACAGUGCAUGUUCAUUCAGAAUGAAAGCCGUGUUUUGGCUCAUCACAGCUAGUGAGUGGGCCCCUGCAGAUGUAUAUACUUAUACGUUAUUAAUAAUAUUUUUUAGGUCUGCUUAAUGUUCCACCGGCAGCUGUAAUAUACCUUGAAUCAUUGGCAACAUACCUUCGUGAUGCAAGCUCUGAUGAGGACUGCAAUGACGAAGUAAUGGAGAUCAGUUUUCCACAUAUGGCUAUGAACAAGACACAGAAAACGCCACCAACACCUGUAUGUAUAAAAAUCAUAUUAUGCAAAAAUGUUCAUUCCUAGAUAAUCUUUGCGUGAAAUAUCUGGAUUACAGUUUUUCCUUUCUUUAAUAACCAAUGUUCCAUUGUGUUUUGUUUCAAAAUUUAUGGCCUACAGCGAAGACUAAUGUUACAAACACCAGUGCUGUCAAUAUACAUGUCGAUACACCAUAUGUCGAUACACCAUCAUCUUCGCCUUUGUCGCACUUCGAAGGAGGUAAUGGCAAGCAAGAAUUAUGCCCAGGAUCUGGUGUUUUUAUCCCCACGAUCAAGCUUCGCAAAAGCCAUCACAAAUCAGGAUCAGAUUUAAAGGUGCUGUUCCAUUGCUUGAUGGAACACUUCAGACUGGCGAUGUCUGUUGCUUUUGGAAAUCAGGUGCUUCCAAUGGGUAAACAAGUACUAGAUCCGAAUAUCGUUUCAACAAUCAAAGGUACUUCUAAUUUAAACAUGUUUAGUAUAAAUUAA